CCAGAAAGGACAAUAGCCCAUCCCUGGAUCCACCUUGAAACUAAUGUAGUCAGACCUGGAUACAAUUCUGAAGGCAAUGCUGUCCAAACAAGAAUCACUACUGAAACCAAUACAGUCAGAUUCUGGACCUCUUCUGAAAUAAAACUUUGGACCCAGUCUGAAUCUCAAGCAGUAAGUAUGUGGCCUGAAGAUAGCAGAGCCACACUUUGGUCUCUAACUCAGAAUGAUACAAUUACAUCUUGGUUCCAAUUAGAAUCUCAAAGGAUACUUUCUUGGGCCCAGUUUGAAGGUGGUAUAACCAACCCUUGGACUCAGCAGGAAACUGCUACAACUAAACUAUGGACCCAAUUUGGAACUUUAAAAAUUCUUUCCUGGACCCCACCUGAUACAAUAAUAUACUGGUUCCAUACUCAAAUAGAUUCAAUCACACCCAUGAGCCAGCCUCAAACUCAAAAAUUCCAAAGUUGGAUGCAGACUAUAACUCAAGUACGAAAAAUUUCACCUGUGACUGAAGUUGAUACAGUAAUACCUUGGUUACAGUUUCAAAGUAACACAGUUAGAUCCUGGAUUCAACUUUAUUCCCAAACAGUGAGUCUUGGGACCCAUACUGAAGUUGGUAUAAUUGGGCACUGGACUCAGAAAAGAAUUGCUACAGAUAACCUUGGGACCAACUCUGAAACUCAAGCAACCAGACCCUGGGACAAGCAGGAAGCUAACACAGUCAGAACUAGGUUCUACCUUCAAGGAAAAACUGUCAGACUGCAGACUUAUUCAGAAUUCGGUACGUUCAGUACUUUCAUCCGAUCUGAAAUUGGCACAAUUCAUCAUGAUUCUUUUAUGAUCCAGUCAAAAACCCAAGAAGUCAGACCCUGGACCCAGUCUGAAAUUGUUAUGACUAGAUACUGGGUUUUGUCUCAAGUAGUUAAACCACAGACAAUGCUAAAAGGAGGAGCAUUUACACCCUGGAUCCAGUCUGAAACUCAACCAGCCACACCAUGGACCAAGCCUCAAGUUAAUAUAACAUUCUUUUCUAUUCCUGUAUCUGAUAAAUUCAGAACCUGGAUCCAACCUAAAACAAAACUACUGCAUUACAAAGCUGACAUAAUUGUAUCACUGAUUUCUCCUGAGACUGGAACAACUGGAAAAACUCUGCUAAUUGAUCAUUUGGAUAACAAGUCUAAGCUUGUCACAUUUUUACCUGUUGAGACUAUUUCUACCGCACAUCAGUAUUUUAUAACUUUGUCAACAGAGAUAAGUACCAUAGAAAGAAAAAUUAAAAGCAGUUAUCUCCAGCCAAGCCAGCUCACAAGCAUUUUCCUUCUUACCCUGUCAAGCAAGUGGUUUCCUAGUAUAAUUGGUCACAAGAACUUUGGCAGCAUAUUAGAAAUUAUUGACACAAAAGGAAGCCUUGAUGUCCUUUCUGUCUCUCUUAGUUAUCUUUCCCCAGGCUUUUCCUUCCUUGUUUCUUGUUCUCUUACAUAUCCAUGUACAUUGUUCCCUUCCUGUUUAGUCUUUUCUUCUUGUCCUUAUCUUUCACACUGUGUUUUCCCAUCUUGCUUCAACUUUUCUUCUCUGGCCUUCUCUCCUGUGCUUUUGCCCUCAACCUCUUCUGAUAAUCAGCUCCAGGAACUGUCUUUCUCAAAGUUUAUUGAAGAUACUAUUUUUUCUCACACUUUCUCAUCCCUGCAUGCUCCUCCAGCAAUAAGUUUAACAAAAGAGUUUCCCCUGAUGCCUGGAUCUCUAUCUGGACCCAACUAUAAGCAUCAGUCUGGACAACAGCCUCUCAAUGUUUCCCUGGCUGAGUGUCGCCUAGAUAUGAUUUGGAAAGACAAUCUCCAGGCUCUCUGGCUCUUCAAGACAGCUGCUGUUUCUCACGAGACCACAGAGUGCGGAUUACGCCCUGGCCUUGUCUCCCGUUGUCCCAAUUGCUGGGAGGCAGAAACAGGUGAAUUUCCCUGGAUGGUUUCUAUGCAUCUCUCUUUCUCCCAUUUUUGUGCUGGCUCUAUUUUGAAUGAACAGUGGAUUCUUACCUCAGCAAGAUGUGCCAAUUUCAUAAAAAGCUCAGAAGCUCUGGCCUUGGUCCAAGUGGGUCUUAUUGAUCUACAGGAUCCUACCCAAGCUCAGACUGUUGGUAUUGAUCGUGCCCUGCCCUCUUAG